CUUCUUUGUUUCCUUUCAAUCGUCGAGGACUUAUAAAUGCCAUGCUCGAGUUUGCCAAAGAACACCAGUCUCCACUGUACGCAGAACUCAAGCUAGACCACAAUCUUGUUGCUCAUUUCCACACCGAGUCGUCCAUUUCCCCCUUAUCGAAACUUGCAUUAUGUUAACUGGUCUUGAGAUUCCGAUAAUCGCUGCCCUGACUGGGAAAGCAGUAUCCACUUUCAAGUUCAGUCGCACCUCUGUAUUAAUAGACCAAACCCGGGACAUCUUGAAUGACGACCACCUCACAAAAUCACUCAUUCUCCUUUACGAAUUGGACCCACGACUGGCCGUAGAGAAUGACAAGCGUCGCCAACAAGCGCAGAACACGUUCCACAAAUUGGACCGAAUGAAGGGGCGCAAAUACAUUCUAAUCCGCCAUAUAAGUGCACGUAACGCAAAAUCACUUGCUGCACAAUACAGAAAUGUAGUCAAUGACAACACCACGGAGGCUAAAAUUCAACAAGCACGCGAGAAGGCCCGUAUGCGAGAGCAAAUAACCCACAGCAAGGACAUUACACAGAAAAUCAAAACCCGAGUUUCCGGUCAGGAUCAUGCUGUUACUCAAACUCCCAAGUACAUUAUCCAAACUCCUGAUAUGGCUGCGUUUGCAUAUCCUCGAGGCACUCCAGAAAAUCCCACUAUUUCCUGCCCAGUAGGCUCGAAACCCAUACUGCCAGAUGGUUUCAAAUUCGGAACUCUCGCAUACUACUAUCAUCCAUCACACGUCGCAAUGAUCAGUUCAGAUGAAAGUUCUUCUGCGAACAGACCCAAACAGAGGAAGAUGACCUGGUUCCGGUGAUUGAAAUUAGAGAUAUGCCCAACUCUUCUCGAAGCGGUGUUGCUCAAGCAUCCUCUCCGAGUCACAGACGGCAAUCUAUAAACAGAGAAGAACUUGUGGAAGAUAUCAUCCGCGAAGAAUUGCAAGACAUCGCUGGCACCGCUCAUUUCAUUGGUACAUUGAGAGCUGCGAACGGGAGUGACGGUGACGUCGCUAGUAUUGCAACUACUUACUUGAGCUUCGAUGACACGAACACUGAGAGCGGAAG